AAAAAAGAGGCUGCCUGAAUAUCUCGGCGAGGCUUUCUGGGUUCCAAAUCCGUUUUCGUAUGCACCCUACCUGGAAAGUUGAAACUGAAUCAGGGCGGAGAGUGAAUCAUGGGAGACGAAGGAUCCCUAGAACAUCAACGGUCGGUAGCAGCUCCGUUGAUAUUUUUGAUCGUUGUCGGUUUUCAGCUUGCAUCUAGGUGGCUCGAUCAGUUGAAGAAGAAGGGAUCCAAGAAUGGGAAAGAGGCUCGGCUGCGUAGAGAAAUAAAGGAGCUCUAUAAGGAGGCAAGCUCCUUGUCACAGCCAUCGACAUUUGCACAAGCAGCAAAACUUAAAAGAGUAGCAGCUGCCAAGGAGAAGGAACUUGCAAACUAUCAAGAUAUGCAGAACAAGGAGAAUGAUUCAUACUCGAGAAUUCUACUCAUUUCAAAGGUUUUAAUAUAUCUAGUGCUGCUUAUCUGGUUUUGGAGGGUUCCUGUGGCUACUAUAUCGCAGCAACUUGUGCAACCUUUCGGGAAAUUAUUAUCCUGGAGAGGGGGAGGGGUUCAAAACAACAAAAUCACGGUUGGGAUAAUACCUUGGUUAAUAGUAUCUACUAGGGUUAGCAAAUUCAUUUGCCGCCUCAUCGAUGCCAACUAGGUUGUCAUAGUCUGUCUUACAAUGCUUGAAGAUUGCAAACUGCUUGGGGCAUUUACCUGGAAGGUGGCGAGAAUUGGUGAUUCUAUAAUGCACAUGUACCAUAGUGAUAUUGGUAUCACUUGUAAAAAUUAGAUAUUGAUUAAUCCAAGUCAAUUUCACUACAGCUCUAAAAUUAUCUCCUAAUUCCUCGAGUUGACCACUGAUAAUUUUCUUCUUGUACUACGCUCUUAUCUGAGCCUGAAAAUCAGUUUGAUCAUUGAAUUAGUGAAGUCAUCAGUUCAUAA